AUGACUUCCACAUCUUUAGACACUUCUCUUCAAGCUUCUUUCGACCUAGAAAAACAGGCCCCUCCUCAAAAUUCAGACUAUGUCGAUGGUCACAAAAUCUCCCGCAUCAAAACCUCGGGAAAUGAUCAAGAAAUCCUUCAUAUAGGCGAUACUAAAAUCCUCAAACAAGACUUCAUUGCAGCCUUUGGAGGUUCCCUUAACCCAGGUCUUUCCGUCGCACCCUCACGCAAAUUCGCAAACCCAGGUCCUCUCGGCCUCUCUGCUUUUGCCCUCACUACCUUAGUCUUAUCCCUAGUCAAUGUCCGUGCCCGUGGAGUAUCAAACCCUGCAGGAGUCGUGGGUCUUGCCUUUUUCUAUGGAGGUUUGAUCCAACUUUUGGCUGGUAUGUGGGAAAUUGUGGUGGAAAAUCCCUUUGGUGCUACUGCCUUAUCUUCUUAUGGUGGCUUCUGGAUGGCUUGGGGUGCCCUUGAAACUGAGGCUUUUGGAAUUAGAGAACAUUAUAAAACUGAUCGUGAAUGGAAUGACAUGGUAGGAUUCUUUCUUCUUGGUUGGUUCUUUUUCACCUUUAUGAUGAUGAUUCUAACUGUUAAAUCAACCGUUGCUUUCUUUUCUCUCUUUCUAAUGCUUGACCUGACUUUCCUUUUCCUUACUAUCGGUCAUCUUGGCCAUGUUCCUGUGGUUAACAAAGUUGGAGGCUACUUUGGAAUUGUGACUGCCAUAAUAGCAUGGUACAAUGCUUAUGCUGGUCUGGCCAACCAUGAAAACUCUUACUUUGUACCCAAAGUCAUUUUCAUGCCUGGCUCUGUUCUUUCCAAAUAA